CGGAAUAUAACCGGUGCGCGUGUGGCGAAAUUGUAAACAUUGAGGACUGGGCGCGAUGUUGUGGAGAUCAUUCUACUUCUGCGUCCGGAAUAAACAGCUGAUUGGCGUCGUGCGGAGCAAGAGUACUACUUCGAAGCCCAAGGCUUCCGAGAGAAAAGUCAACCUGAAUGUUGGCACGAUCGGGCACGUGGAUCAUGGAAAAACGUCGCUCACCGCCGCUAUCACAAAAUAUCUAUCUCAAAAAAGUACAGGGACGAAAUAUGUCUCUUACGACAGUAUCGACAAUGCUGAAUUAGAACGUAUAAGAGGUAUCACGAUAAACGCUUCACACGUCUCUUAUGAGACGGAAACCCGCCAUUACUCACAUACGGAUUGUCCAGGGCACGCUGAUUUCAUAAAGAACAUGAUCUGUGGUACAGCGCAAAUGGAUGGAGCAGUCCUCGUUGUGGCCGCCGACGACGGCUGUAUGCCUCAAACCAACGAGCACCUUCUGGUGUGCAAGCAGUUGGGAGUAGACAGGAUCAUACCAUUCAUCAACAAAGCUGACAUAUCGGACCGGGAUACAAUCGAACUCAUUGAGCUGGAAAUCCGGGAUCUCAUGGAGUCUCUGAAAUUCCCGAACGCCGAUACCUGCCCCGUGAUAUACGGUUCCGCCAAAGCCGCUCUGGAGGGCGAUCAAGGCGAAUUCGGAGAACCAUCGCUCCAGAGGUUAUUGGACGCCAUGGACGCUCAUUUCCAAUUGCCUCUCCGAGACACUACCUCUCCUCUACUCGCCCCUGUCGACGGUGUUGUCAGCGUCAAGAAUCGUGGCACGGUGAUCAUAACGACCAUUGAGAAGGGUACAGUGAAAAAAAACGACAAACUAGAACUCCUGGGCUUCGAUGCGCGAGAAUCGACCUCUGUUGCAGACAUACAGGCCUUUGGAGAGGGCACCGCAACAGCACAAGCAGGGGAUCAUGUCGGGAUUUUAUGCCGUGGCUUGAAAGCGGCUCUGGUCAAACGAGGCAUGACCCUCGUGGCACCGGGGGCCUAUAAAACGCACAACCGAUUCUCCGCCCAAUUGUACCUUCUGAGCAAAGAAGAAGGGGGUCACAAAAACCCCAUAUCUCAAAAGUUCAUUAUGCGCUUCUUCGCGAAAUCAUGGAAUGUGAUGUCACGCGUUGACGUCAAAGAUGGUGCGAUGCUCAUGCCCGGUGAUGCCGGAGAAGUCGUCAUCACUUUGGCGAAGAAAAUGCUCUUAGGUGAAGGUCAGAGCUUUACGAUCAAGGAGAAUAACGUCACAUUAGCCAGUGGUAAAAUCACUGGAAUUCUUCCCGAUGUUUUUCUUUCGUCAUCUGAGCUCGGAAAGAAUCGACUGUAA